ACCCAGCAGCGCCCUGCCCUCCCAGCCGCGGCUCCGGGAGCCAGUCCGGGAGGCUCCGCUGCGCUCCACCCCGGUGGGAGGGUCCGGGGCGGCCGAGCGGAACGAGCAGCGAAAGCAGUAACAGCAGCAGCAGCACGAUGGGGCUGGAGUUGUACCUGGAUAUGCUCUCGCAGCCCUGCCGAGCCGUCUACAUCUUCGCCCGGGCCAACAACAUCCCCUUCGAGUUCAAACACGUGGACCUGAAUAAGGGGGAGCAUAGGACCAAGGAGUUCCAGAAGGUGAACAUGCUGAUGACAGUUCCUGCACUAAAGGAUGAUUCUUUCACCUUGGCAGAGAGCAUUGCCAUCCUCCUGUACCUGUCCCGUAAAUUCAAGACCCCUGAUCACUGGUACCCAGCUGAGCUGCAGAAGAGGGCUCGGGUUGACGAGUACCUGUCCUGGCAGCACACCACCAUCCGUGUGAAGGGAAACAAUAUGAUGUUGUAUAAGGUGCUGCUGCCUGUCAUCACAGGCAAGCCAGUUCCUGCAGAGAAAAUGCAGAGUUUGACUGAGGAGCUGAAUGUGGUCCUCAACCAGUUUGAGGAGAAGUUCUUGCAGGAUAAGCCUUUCAUCGCAGGCACUGAGGUCUCCCUGGCAGACCUUCUAGCGCUGGAGGAGAUCAUGGAGCCUCUAGUUGUUGGCCACGACCCCUUUGAGGGGAGGCAGAAGCUGGCGGCGUGGCGCAGGCGGGUGGAAGGAGCAGUGGGGCAGCAGCUCUGCCAGGAGGCUCAUGAGGUGCUGAUGAACCCCAGCAACUUCUCUGCUGAUAAAAUCGCACCCGAAAUGCUGGAGGUGUGGACGAAGAUGUACAUCAAAUAGAAUCAUUACCUAAACUAGGGCUCCUAUCCCUAUUUCCCAAAGUGCACUUCAGGCACAGCUCUUCUGCAGUUUAGAAAGGAAAACUACUUCUUAGUCUGCACUGAGCUGCUCUCCUCUUUUCUCCUCUCCAGCAAUAAAUUGCAGCCCUGUAAACCUUUCUUUAUGUUCCAACACCAUAGGUUCUAAUUGAGGCCAGAGGCCAUUUGGUCCAGAUGGGAGCUAGGGCCAGCCAGAACUGCCCUUUCCAUCCCUGUCUUGAGUUUGAGUUGAGUUUUGCAGGUCACUGCACUUAUGAAAUGGACAAAGGUUCCCUGGGGGUGUCUGAAACAAGGGAGAAUCACUGCAAAUGGCUUUCACUUUGCAGAGUGUCUAGCUGGAGGAUCUUUGCUCCUUGUCGAGUGUUCCCAGCCAUUGCUGUGGACCCUGUUAGGGCUCUCAGAGCACCUGGCCGCUAGCGGCAGCUGUGUCCCUGCGUGGGUCAAGGGACACAGUGAGAGUAAGACUCUGCAUGUACCCAGGGGAGGCCUCCACGUUUUGGCAAGGAGGCCAGUCCCUGAAUAAAGAUCUUCAACCACAGACUCCUGCCAUAGCCUGCAGUGAGCAGCCAGCACAGCUGACAAAAGCUGCUUUUCUAGGUGAAGCUGCUGCCAGCCACAUGCUCUGUCAACCCUACCAGUCAUGUCCUUUCCCAGCAUGACUUUGUCACCCUGAGGCAAGCCCUUGACCAGGCUCUCUCCAGUGCACUGGGCCAGUGCCAGCGGCAGGGGUGACCAGCCCUGAGGCAAGCAGGGUGCAGAGUGUGAGCUGAGCAUCCCCCCAGAUACAGUUAAUGUUGCACUGUUCCUGUGUUGCUUUCUCCAAUAAAGUUGAUGCUUCCACUUGCCA